AUGGUUUCUUUUAGUGGGGUUCUUACCGCCGCCACCGCCGGCUGGCUGCUUGCGGGUGCCGGCGCCGUCAUCGCGCAUGAGCCCGAGCACCAGCAUGAACGGUUUGUGGCGGUUGAGACCGGCGCUGUCUUGUCGCCGCGACAGUACCACAUGAGUCCGGCGCAUGCGAUGCUGGAGAAACGCGAAGGCGGCUGCAAUCCAGGUUUACAUCCAUCGCCGCCGGCUGCUGGCCACAAUCGGCUCGGCGAUGCGACUCGCCCUGUCCCGAAUCCCGCCUACCAAUGCGACCUGACGCGCACGGUGACCACGUCCGGCACAACCAGCACCGUCACCACCCCCGGCGGCGCGUGCUGCCCGCGCGUGUGCACGGGCACCUCCCAGUUCCAGUGCCCGACCUCCCUCGGCGGCGGCUGCUGCCAGUACAACCAGCGGUGCGCGGCCGGCAGCGGCAGCAGCGGGAGCUGCGUGUUUGAUCUGACGGCGGCGCCGACCGCGUCCAUCGACCCGGGCUUGAUCCCGCCGCCGGGGUAUGCGACUUCGGAUGCCAUGUCGCGGAGCGGGAGGGGCGGGCUGGCGCAGGACUACUUCGGGCCCGCGCCGGCGGUUGGCCCGUACUCGGAGACGCACAACACGUCGCCCAUGACGACGCCCGGGUUGGACCGUGGCGGCGUGCCUCUGCAGCCGCAUGGGCCGGGAGAUAUUGCGGUGCCGGUUGAGAUCGACUCGAGGUUGAGGGAGGAGGAGCGAACACCAGUCGGGUUGGCCAUCACGCCGGGCACGAAUAGGUCGCGCGACAGCGAGGACGCCACGGAGCGCUAUGAAUUGUAUGGAUCUGAGAUGGGGCAGAUGUCCCCCACAUGGCCGCCAUACAGCGACGGGAUGCCGAGCCCUGGCGAACGGCCGAAGUGA